AUGAUCGUGCCAUUGAUGAUGUUGAUUGUCUUAUCAUUGUCCCCAUCAUCUGCAAAAGAAAGUGAUGGGCAGCACACUCAAGCAAGAUAUGUUAAUGUCAAAACAGUUGCAGGGCUUUUACAAGGAGAGAUUGUCGAUUAUCCCGUAGAAUACCCUGAAGGUAAUAAGAAUCUUAUUACAGUCACCCAAUUCCUUGGAGUCCCUUAUGCCAAACCUCCUAUUGGUGACCUCAGGUGGAAGAAUCCACAGAAGGUUGGACCAUGGGAGGGAGUGAAGAAUGCUACAGCUUAUGGAAACAGUUGCUGGCAAAAUAUACUCAUGCCUUUACCUACCCCAAUGUCAGAGGACUGUUUAUUCCUAAACAUCUGGGUCCCGGGGGAUACAAUGAUGUAUAAUACAUCACGGGACCUUGCUAUUUUGUUUUGGAUCCAUGGAGGGGAUUUUCAGUUUGGCACCGGAAGCCUUGACAUUACUAAUGGGGCAUAUAUGGCACAUGACCAAAAUGUCAUUGUUAUAACUAUUAACUAUAGAUUAAAUUCAUUUGGCUUUUUAUCUACUGAAUCAAAACCAGAUGAGGGGAACUGGGGCCUAAAGGACUGUGUCUUAGCAUUACAAUGGGUUCGGGAUAAUAUCAGAUCAUUCAGCGGGGACCCUAAUUCUGUUACCAUAUUUGGGGAAUCUACAGGAUCAGCAAUAGUGACACUACUGAUGCUUUCAAAGCAGGCAAAUGGUUUAUUCAAAAGAGCUAUUGGACAAAGCGGGUCAGCGUUUAACUAUUGGGCAAUGAAUCCACGUGGCAGAAAUCGUAGACUCCAACAAAACCUGGCAAAAAACCUUGGUUGUCCAGUAUAUAACAACAGCUUGGAUUGUUUAAGGAACAAAAGACCAAUGGGCAUUCUUAACUCAACAUCCUCAAUUCGAUUUGCACCAAACGUUGAUGGUACAUUUUUUCAUGAUGAGCCUGAAAACAUACUUGAGAAAGGAGAUUUCGAGCCAGUCGAUUUCAUCAAUGGAGUGAACAGACACGAAGGCUUUCCCUUCGCAAGUAUUUCACCAGAUGGAGAUAAUGGUCUUGUGAUCAAUUCUUCUCAAUUCAAUGACAUUAUUUCAAAAUACAUGAAAUUUCUCGAUCAUCUAGAAAACAGGGAUAUCAUACAACAUGGAGUACGGCUCUUGUAUGACGAUUAUACAGUUGAUUAUGAUGAAAAAUCACUGGACAGAACUAAGGGACUGGUAAAUGCUUUGGGUGAUUUUGAAAUCAUUGCUGGGAGUCAUAAAUUCUCAACAUUAUACCAAAAGCAAUCCACCAAAACCUCAUACUGUUACUUUCUGGAUGCAAAAAUAUCCGAGUAUUUUCGAUACAUUCCCUACAGCCAUGAGCGUCCUGACUGGGUCCACACCAGUCAUGCAGAUGAUAUACAAUUUGUAUUUGGAGGUGUCAAAUACACAGAUAAAACAGUGACACGUGAGGAGAGGGAACUAAGCGGUGAAAUGAUGAAGACCUGGGCUAACUUUGCAAAAACAGGGAACCCUACAGAAUCAGGUUCUUUACAUUGGCCAGAGUUUACUGGGUCGAACUACCUUCAACUGUCAACACCCGUCAGUAGCAGCACUGUCAUUGAGAGGUUCCUACCUAAAAGAAUGGACUUCUGGAUUAACUUUAUCUGGAAGAAAGUAGAUGUUCCAUCAAUGAAAUGUGCCAAUAACAGAGAUAAAUUUAAUGAAGAUAACUGCCCAGUGUGUUUAAUCGAAGUCCCACGUGAUAUUACUUAUAUCAUCUGCAAGUCUACCAAUGCAUUUAAAGCAUCAAUACUCACAGAAAAGAUAAUGAAGAUUGAGUCGAAUCUCAGACCAGUGACAGGUGUAGUGAAGUUGGACAGAUAUGUAACAUACAACCUGGAUUCAGACUGCACUUGCGAUAUUGUUACAAAAGCAGCUCGAGGUGACAAACUUCUGAUCCUCACCAUGGCAACCAAUGACAGUUUAUCAAGCCUGUAUUUCGAUGACCAGGUCACUGUUAUCAAAUUAGAUAACAAACUACAGAGGAAAAUAUUGAGAGCUAUCAAGGAAAACAAAUGUCCUAAAUGA